UGAAAUUGGGCCAAUUCAAAAGCCCUAAAAUGUUAGCAAGCAGUGCAGUUCUUCGUCUCUACUCACACACUUUACCGCUCGAAAUUCAAUUAAUCAGAGUAAGAAUGGACACUAAUCAGCAACAACAUGAUGAGUAUGAAUUAGUUAUGGAACUCUCUGAAAAAGAUACUCUUUUUGAGAAGAAAAAGAAAUUGUUGGAAGUUAAGGGCUUUGAUCCCAAUGGAAAAGUUAUGAUCAAGAGUAACUGUAGUGUUGAGAUGUUGAAUUCAGUUUUCGAAGAGAUGAUUCAGAGAGCAAGAAUCAUACACUCUGAUGAGGUCGAUCUUUACUUUGGAUGGAUAGAUGCUGCUCAUCCGGUUGGAUUUUGCAGUCAAAGGAAUGAACUAGAGUCUCUUUAUUCAAUCCUCUCACUUGUCAACAAGUCAAAGUCAAACGAUCAACAAUAUCAACCAAAAGUCUUCCAAGAUCUUAGAACCGCAACUCUAGAUCUGAUCCACAAAUUCGGUGAUAAUAUCAAAGAAGACGUUAAACUUCUCGCCAGCCAGAACUUGGACAAGGAGAAACAUUUAUUACAAUGGGGCGAAAGUAACGGCAUUAAGUCUAGACUUAAUAUAGCCAAUAUUGAAGGAGCCGGAAGAGGAGCUAUAGCAAGUGAAGAUCUUGAAGUCGGAGAUAUUGCGUUGGAGAUCCCUGUGUCCGUUAUCAUUUCAGAGGAUGUUGUACGUAAAACAAGUAUGUUUCCGAUAUUGGAAAAAAUAGAGGGCAUUUCCUCUGAGACAAUGUUAUUGUUGUGGAGUAUGAAGGAAAAACAUGAUAUCAACUCGAGAUUUAAGACCUACUUUGAUUCUUUGCCAGAAACAUUUAAUACAGGGCUAAACUUUGGAAUCGAAGCAAUCAUGACGUUAGAAGGAACAUUGUUGCUAGAAGAGAUAGUUCAAGCAAAGGAGCACCUGCGGUCACAAUACGAUGAUUUAAUUCCAUCGCUAUGCAAAAAUUAUCCCGAUAUAUUUCCGCCGGAGUUAUACACAUGGGAGGAAUUCUUAUGGGCUUGUGAGCUGUGGUACUCAAAUAGCAUGAAAAUAAUGUAUAGUGACGGGAAACUAAAAAUAUGCUUAGUUCCCAUUGCAGGAUUCCUCAAUCAUUCGAUAUCCCCGCACGUAAUGCAUUACGGGAGGGUGGACAGUACUACAAAUUCUUUAAAAUUUCCUCUUGUAAGACAAUGCAAGGCAGGAGAACAGUGUUAUCUUACUUACGGGAAUCUGUCAAGUUCGCAUUUAAUUACUUUUUAUGGGUUUUUACCGAAAGGAGACAAUCCCUAUGAUGUCAUUCCACUCGAUUUUGAUCUUUCCGAAGUCGAUAAUACAGACGACACACGCCACAUGUCUAAUUGGUCUACUCAUAUGGUUCGGGCCACGUGGCUUUCAAAUAACCACGGAAUCUUCCAUUACGGGUUGCCAACUCCUUUGUUAGAACAUCUUCGUGAAGCUCGUGGUUUGUUUUCACAAUCAAGUAUCACCACACAAGAAAAGUUGGAAAUCGAACUAGAAAUUCUUGAAGACCUUCAAUCUACGUUUGAUGCCAUGAUGCAAAACUUGGGUGAGAGUGAGACAGAACCGCUAGUCAGCAGGGAAAACUGUGAUUGGGAUGUCAAGCUAGCAUUGGAUUAUAAAGACUUUCAAAGACGGAUUAUUUCAUCUAUUGUGAAUUCGUGUUAUACUGGUAGACAGUUGGUGGAAAUUGAUUUGCAGAAGUGUACCAGUAGUGGCUAGUUUACGAUUUAACCUCUUAGGGCGUUCACUGUUGACUAGAGUUUUCAAAUGCGCAUCUGUCAUUCAAAUGUAAAGCUCUGUAGAAUCAUCUUUUAUUGAAUUUAUUUUGAUGCAAGCGGCUAUUUGGCAACGAUAUAGGUUACAUUGUUGAAAAGAAAUUGUAAUAAUUGCUUGUAUGAAACGUUGGCCGGCAGUAAGUUUUGCAAUAUCCUGCUGUUGUUACAAGUAUUUAUAGAUGGUAAUCUCAAUCAAGUAUUUAUA